AUGCAUCUCUCACCGACGACUUCCUUCACCUACUCGCCACCUAGCCCUGAUUUCGCAGGGGAUCGAAAGAUGAAGAAGCCAAUGAUGGAGAAGCUCCGACGAAAAAGAAUAAACGACUCCUUGCUUUAUCUCAAAGAGUUCCUCCUGAAUGUUUCUCCACAGCAGAGUUCAAAGCUGGAAAAAGCCGAUAUUCUUGAAUGGACUGUACGGUAUCUGGAAGAACAAAGAGGCAAUAUUUCAUCGAGCGGAGUUUCAGACACAGCGGCUGUGUACAGAAGUGGGCGAGAAGACGGAUUUGCUCGAGGAUUCGCGCAUGCGUCUCAGGCGGUAUUCUCGUAUCUACAAAUGGCAAUGCCCCACGAUUACAAUCCGCAGGCGCAACAGUUCCAUUUAGGACUCGUCCACCAUUUAAAUGCUGCUAUGCCAUCACGAUCAACACCAGCCACUGCAUGUCCACCUGCAGCUCCUCCGCCUGUUCCCGAGCCACCCAAAUGGGGUCCCGGCACUCCACCAGCCUCUGACACGUCGUCAAGUGAAUCCCCAGAACCUCCACGAUCACCGUCGAGAACAAAGGAAAACCGCUUCGAACGACCUCCUCAGCUCGUCAGGGAAGACUCGUGCGACGAACCUCCCUGUAAGAAGGUCUGGCAACCAUGGCAGUGA